AUUGAUUUUAUUAUCCAAAAACCUUUAUUCAUUCUAAGGUGUGACUGUCUACUUGUAUUAUAUAUAUUUUUAAAAAGCUCUUCCAUAGCAGCUGAGUCUCCAAACAUAAAGCAACAAUAAAGAAAAAAAAAGGCUAAUUACCCAAUUUGAACAGUACAUAUUUAUUGACAUAUCACACAGUAUAAUUAUUAAGUGUUAAAAGUUUUCAAAAUGUUUAAGACAGAAUGGUAACUAACCUAAUUUGAUGAUUACACAUUGAACACAUAUAUUGAAUUAUAAUUCUGUACUCCCCUGAUCUGUACAAUUAAAAUAAUAAUUUAAAAAAACCCUGAAAACCAUAUUACAGAAUUAAUGAGUGUAAACGAAUCAUAUUUUCACUUUGCUAUACCGGAUAUUCAUGGUUUUGAUAGAGAGCAUGACACUGAGCAAAAAUUAAAGUAAAAAGUCUCUUACAACUGAAGCUAUCCUCAAAGAAUCAUUAUUUAAUCAAAAGAUCUAAUUGAUUUAACUGUCAUUCACCCAGUGACAUAUUUCAAUAGCAAUAAUGUUCCUGGCUGUUCUCACUACAAAAAAUCAGCAGUCAACAAAACAAAUCCUUAUUCUUUCAGAGCUUACUUUCUAGAGACAUAGAUAAACAAACAUGUAAAUAAAUAUGUAACUGAAUAGUUUGUGGUAAGUGUCAAGAAGGAAACUCAGGGUAAGAGAGCAGAGAGUAAUCUUAAAUAAACAUUGGGAAGCUACAUUUUUUCAGCUUGAAGAUUCUAAAGUUAUUUGGCUUGUGUUUUUAAAUUAGCUGUUGACUGCGAUUUUGGUUGACAAUUAUUAAAAUAAAUUAGGAACUCAUUGUAAAUAGUUUUAUACACUGAUCUAAAAAUCUAGCCCCAGCGAGUGAAUUUAUAACUGGAGGCGCCUGUAAAAGAAUAAGAUCUUUGGUUAACCACUACUGUACUUUUAGCAGUAAAGUUUGUAGCUCAUGACAUCGGUAAUUCUGGAGUGGUUUCAGCUUGCACCAGCCGCUGGGGAGCUGUUGAUACAGCACUAAGUUACAGAUUAUUAUUCAGUUGCAGAAGUUUUAUGCUUAGGCAUUUUCUUACAUCUUCCUCUCUCGGUCAGUUGAAAUCUUGUAUUUUUGCCAAAUAAAACAAAUCUCAUACUAAUAAGAAGCUAUAAAUAAACAGUAGGAGCAUGAGUCAGAGCCAGCAUCACCCUUUCUGCUUGUGUGUACCUCUCUGGUACUCCCCAGUAAGUUCAUUUUAUACAAACAUGUAAUACUGCAUAACUACUGUUCUACAGACGAACUCCGAUUAUUUAAGUGAGGGCUAUUUUUUUUUUUAAGAACUGAGCAAUAUUAUAACUAGUAGAAAUCUGGUGUACAACCAAAUUCAAAAGCAGAAUGUAAAACUCCAUUUGCUGUUGAUGAGAGAAAGGGUAUAUAUUUACUAUUCUUCCUGUAUAAAACCUUUUUAAAUCAGCCCAGAAGACUGCUGAUAGAUUUCCAAAAUUGAUUUUUAUAUGAAAAGGAAAAGUUAAGUUGCUUGAAAGUCCCAUCUCUUCUACUAGUUAGGUCCUGUCUGAUAAAAUUUUAUCCUGUUUUUCAUCAUUAAUUUUUUUACCCAUUUGGUAAUGUUCACUAAACACUUACUGUUACAAGACACAGUGCUACUGUAGAAUACAUAAAAACAAAUAAGCUAAAAUCCUUGUUCUCAAGGAAUUUAUGAUAGUGGAGAAAGUGACUUGUAAAUCCAAAAUUACUACACAGUAAUAGGAACUAUAAAAAAGAUAUAAUGCAGAAUUCUCUAAGAUUACAAAUAAAACUACUGCUAUUUAUGAAGCCUUUACUGUCCUAGCUGUUUCAUACAAGUUAUUUUAUUUAAUCCUUUCAACAGUUUUAUGAGGCCGAUACUGAUGUACUAUUUAACUUGGGCCGAGAGCACUAACUUCAUUGAGAAAGGAGGAGGUACUAUCGGGGAAGGCUCUUGAGGAAACAGUUUCUGAAUUGAUCAUAGAAGGAUGGAAAUGGUACAGAGUGGGAGGAAGAUGAGGUGGUGUGUCAUUUCACACACAGAGAGGUCAGUGUGUAAAUGCCUAGGUCUCAUGAGAACUGUUGUUGGAAUGUAGAGUAGGCUGUGGAAAUGAAACAUGGCAGGCUCCAGAUCCUAUGGAACUGAUGGGCCGUGCCUAAAGAAUUGGAUUCUUACUCUGUGUUAGACAGAAGUAUGCUCAGACUUGCAUUUCAGGAAGAGAGUGCUGCGACUGUUUGCGCAAGGCAUUGAGAAGAGGGUUUUUCACUUUUAAAGGAAGUUAACUCCCUUUAAAGAAAUUCCCUUCCAGCAUUGACUUAUGUUUAUUAAAUGUCUAUAUAGUACACAUAAAACUGAAUUCUAGAAACAUUAUAUUUUGCCUUACAACUACAAAACUGUCAUAAAUUGACAGUAUUAAUAUUUGCACAUUAAAUAUUUGUUGAGCGAUUAUGCUCAAGACAGUAUGCUAACUUUUAUAUGUAUUAACUAUUAAUCCUCAAAAUACCUUUAUGAAAUAGCUGUUUUUAUAAUGCUCAUUUUUAUAGAUGAGGAAAAUGAAAUGCAGGGUGAUUACAUAACUUAGCUAGGGUCACACAGCUAGUAAGUAAAAAAGCCAGGAUUUGAACCUAGCAGACUAACUUCAUAGCUUUACCACUGUGCUGUACUGCCACUUCUCUCCAUGUAAAGGCAUGUGUAUGCAUGUUAGAUUUGGAGAGUGAAUUAUGGACAUACUGAAUUGGCAGUUACAGUUUAGAAGAGACACUACAGAAAACUACUUCUAUGUUUGUUGUACACCCUUACUUGCAGCAGUCUAAGAAAAAGAAUAAAGGAAGCGGAAGUGACAUAUUGUCACCCCUAGGAAUUGGUUCUGGCAGCGUUCUAACUGUAUUGUAAAUCUAAGCAUUCUAAUGUGGCUAUUGUGCAUAAGUGGUAAAUGGCUUUACUGGGCUAGGCAAUUUAAGAUCUACUGCCAUUCAAAGAUGAAGAAUUUCAUAAAUAUUAGGAGAUAAAUAUUACUACCCACUGAAGACUUACGAUUAUCUAGAUUUAGUCCUAUUUAUUAUAUUUCUCCUAACUUUUAUACACAAAGAAAGCAGUGAGGGGCUGGCAUUGUGGCACAGUGGGUUAAGCCACUGCCUACAAUGAUGUCAGUUCAAUGAUGUCUGUUGUGGCCCUUUGGGGAGUGAACUGGAAUACAGAAAUCUCUUUCUCUCUCUCCUUCUUUCUUUGUAACUCUGCCUUUCAGUUAAAUAAAUAAAUCUUAAAAAAAGAGGAGAGGUGAUUUGAAGUGGGAGGGAGGGAGGAAGGAAGAAAUAAGUAAAUAACUGAAAAAAUGUAUUUAAGAAUUAAGUCCAAUCCAUAUCUCAAGUUUACAUUUAUAUCCAAUAAUUGACAAAAUUGACAAAAUUGCUUUGAAUGUUCUAAAAAUGUAAUUUACACAUAGGACCACAGAAUCCCUUAUUCAGGGGCCAUAGUUUCAGAGAAUAUAUUAAAGAUAAAUCAAUCCAUAAGUCUGUGGUGUUCCCAAAGGAAGACUGGUGUGUCAGUUAUUGGCACCACUGUGUAAUGAAGCCUGCUGAGAUGUGGGCAUAAGAGAAACUGACCUGAACAAGAGCACACUUCUGUACAGUGGUCCCUGGCAUUCCUCCACUUGUUAGCACUCAGUAUUAAUUUCAUGAGUUAAGUCUAGGAAUUCAAGUGCAUUAAAUAAUUAAAAAAAUUGUUGAUUGCUGAUGACUGAUGGAAGAAAAACUAGGAGCUAUUAUUUUGCUAUCAACUGUUAUUCUAAUUAACAAGGACAGGAACUAUUAUGAAGAAAUAAAACUCUUACCUCAUACCACACAAAGAACAGCUGAACCCCCUAAAGGAUUUUAUAUUCUUUCACCAGACAGCUAAAGAAAAUAAUUCAAAUCCUCACAAAUAGAUACAUUAAUUAGUGUCAUAAUGUAAGUAGAAAGAAACUUCCCCACUUCUUUAUCUCCUUAAAUAUUUAUUUUUGUCUACUUGAAAGGCAGAUCAAAAGAGAGGGAGAGAACCUUCCAUCCACUGGUUCACUCCCCAGAUGUCCACAAUAAUCAGAACUGGAAUAGCUCUGGAGCUCAGAACUCCCAUCUGGGCAUCUCCAUGGGUGGCAGGGGCUUACACACUGGAGCCAUCUUCUGACAUCUCCAGGAUGCCAUUAGCAGGAAGCCGGAUCAGAAGCAGAAUAUCUGGGACUCAAACCAGCAUCUAAUAUGGGAAGGCAGACAUCCCAAGAUGCAGCUUAAUCUCUUGCACCACAAUGCCCCCUUGCCUCCACUCCUAUUCCUUUCUUUAAAAAAGUAACUGGAAGUACUUUUUGAAAACAGAGUAACUUUGUUAAACUAUAUAUACUAUUAAGGUUGUUCUGGAUAUACUGGAUAUAAAAAGGAAUUUCCAUAAUAGUUCCAUUGUAAUAUUUUAUAGUCAAAUUAUAAAGAAAAUCAAGAUGAAGAAGAAUUGUGGUAAUGUUUCAAGAUUUUCCUUUUCUGACAGUCCUAUCUAAAUUUCUGUAGCUUGAGCUUAAACGUGUGUGUAAAAUACAUUUAAUAUUCCACUUUGGGGGAGGUUUAAUGUAAUUAUAAAUGGGAACACAUUCUUUCCCUAAGCAAAAAAAAAAUUGUUACUUAGUGUUGAAUCCUACUUUUUCUCAUUUCUCCAUAUUGAAAACUAUCACCAGCCACUGUUCAUUUUACUUUCCAAAGCUGUCUUGUACUCUACCAUCACUAUUGUUUUUUAAAGAUUUUAUUUAUUUGAGAGGUAGAAUUACAGAGAGAGAGGGAGAGACAAAGUUCUUCCAUCUGCUGAUUCACUCCCCAUAUAGCCGCAAUGGCUGGAGCUGUGUCAAUCCGAAGCCAGGAGCUUCUGGAUCUCCCACACAGGUGCAGGGGCCCAAGCACUUAUUCAUCUUUCACCACAUUCCCAGGCCAUUAACAGAGAGCUGGAUCAGAAGAGAAGCAGCCAGGACAUGAACCAGCACCCAUAUGAGAUUACAGCCUGCAGAUGGAAGCUUAGCCCACUAUGCUAUAGCACUGGCCCGUCAGAAUAAUCUUUUUGACAUAAACUUAUGUCAUUAUUAACAUGUCAUUAUUAAUAUGUCACAUAUUAACAAAGGCAUAUUUUAAAAGAUUUACUUAUUUAUCUAUUUGAAAGGCAGAAUGAUGCACACUUGGUGGGGGUUGAGGGGGUGAGGAGAGGCAGAGAGAAACAAAGAGAGAUACCUUCCAUCCGGUGAUUCAUUCCCCCAAAUGGCUGUAAUAGCCAGGUCCAGGCCAGACUGAAGCCAGGAGCCAGAACUUCCAUCUGGGUCUCCAGUGUGGGUCCCAGGGUCCCAGUACUUGGAACAUCAUCGGCUGCUUUUUCAGGUGCAUUAGCAGGAAGCUGGAUUGGAACUGGGACAAAGAGAAUCCGAACCAGCACUCUGACAUGUGAUGCCAGUGUUUUAAGUAGCAGCUUAAGCCACUGCACCACCACAUCUGCUCCAGUAUGGUGUUGUAUAGAACUAAAGGAAAAUAUUUCAGUGGAAGGAAAUGAAUAUAAAUAUAAAUAAAUAGGAUGAGGGUGCAGAAUGUUUCAGAAUUUGUAUAACUAUGGAAGUCUUUAGGGAAAAGAUAGUUUUGUCAAAUUUUAUUUUGGAAUAAUUUCAAACUUACAGAUAAGUUGCAAGAGUAAUACCAGCUCCCAUAUAGCAUUUAUGCAGGUUCAUCAGUUUUCAGCAUUUUCUCUGUCUCUUUCUCUACACACACACACACACACACACACACAAAUUGACUUUUCUGAACUGGUAAAUUAAAUACAUCCAUCAUUUUGUUCCUUAGCACUGUAGUAUAUAUUUCCUAAAAACAAGAAUAUACUCUCCAUGACCACAGUUAUCUAGUUCAAGAAAUUUGACCUUGAUACUUUAAUGUGGCAUCUAGAUUCAAAUUUUGUUAACUGUCCCAAAAAGAUAAGUUUUUUUGUUUGUUUGUUUGUUUUUUUUUUUUUUUUUUUUGACAGGCAGGAGUGGACAGUGAGAGAGAGAGACAGAGAGAAAGGUCUUCCUUUGCCGUUGGUUCACCCUCCAAUGGCCGCUGCGGCCGGCGCGCUGCAACAAGCGCACCGCGCCGAUCCGGUGGCAGGAGCCAGGUGCUUCUCCUGGUCUCUCAUGGGGUGCAUAAGUUUUAAGAAGAGUCAUAUAACUUAACAUUCAUAAUUUAAACAAAAAACUGUAGAAGUAGGCCAUAGAGCUCAGAAGUUUGCUAAUUUGAUUAAAAUACCACAGUGAAGUGAACCACUUAUUUUCUGCGGGGAGAGCAUGGAUAGGCGCAGGUUACCUGGGAAGGUGCGGUUUACCACUGCCUGGAAGUGAGCCUUGCUUUGGAGAUCGUAUUUAAGUCUGGAUCCAGGGAGUGUAGCUUUCGUCAGUCUCCCACGUAAAGUAUACCGACUUGUCACCACAAGUCUUCACAACCCUGAAGCGACAUUUUUUGGAACUGUCUUCAUGUUCAAGCUUCCUGCCGUAACUACCUAAUAGCUGGUAAGUACUGGUGUGGCGGGUCAGGAAACCAGGUCUGCCAGUGUCUCCCAGACGUGUUCCUCGAUGCUUUGGCACCAGCCUUGGUGGCACCCGAAGUUGAAGCCGGACAUAUUCCUACAGAAGGCAUCUGGAACGGUAGUGCGCGGUCAGGCUCGCGGCUUCCUGUCCUGCCGCGAGGGCUGCUGGGAGCCCUGGGACGUCAUUUCCGGCGUGGUCUGUUGGGAGUUGGUGGUGGUGGCAGCGGCGGAGGCCCACACCCAACCUGUCGAAAACGGAGAAGUCCAGGUUGUGUGAACCCCAACUCUUGAAGCCUCUAGAGGCCAUGGCUUUGCCCCUGAAGCUAGAGCAUGAUGUGCAAGGGAAAGUAGAUUCGUUUCGGGCCCGUAUCGCCCAGGAGGCCGAGGAUCUGGUGUCCACCUUCUUCCCUCAGAAGCUGUCAGAGCUGGAUAGUCGGGUCCAGGAGCUGCGCCUGCAGGACCUGUCCAGAAUCCGUUCGGUGCCAGCCCCGGAGCCCCCCACUGCCCCCGACACCGUGGGGGAUGGGCCCAACCGGGAUCCGUCACCUCUGCAGACCCAGUCCCCAGUGAAGGUACCUGUACUCUCCGGCGGGGAGGGACAGCUUCUGCGGAGCAACCAGCAUCUGGUGGAGCUGAUUGAGCGGGUGAAACCCGAGAUCGAGCUGCUGAGAGAGAAAUGCAACACGGUGCGGAUGUGGGUGCAGCUGCUCAUCCCGAAGGUGGAGGAUGGCAACAACUUCGGAGUGUCCAUCCAGGAAGACACAGUGGACCAGCUCUGGACCGUGGAAAGCACAGCGGCCUCCUAUCUGCGCCGCUUCUCCACCUACUACAACACCCGGGCCAAGUUGGUAUCCAAGAUCGUGAAGUACCCGCAAGUGGAAGAUUAUCGCCGCACGGUGGCGGAAGUCGAUGAAAACGAGUACCUGAGCGUGCGCCAGAUCCUGCUGCACGUGCGGAACCAGUAUGCCACCUUGCAUGACGUAAUCCUGAAAAACAUCGAGAAGAUCAAGACCCCUCGGAGCGCCAACACCGACAACUUAUACUGAGGACCUUUCUCCACCCCCACUUUCCUUCAGCAGUUGGCUGAGCUGCGUAGGCAUCUACGAAGCUGGCUAUUAAUGACUGCACAGGCGAUGAAGCGGCUGGAAAUGGGCAUUACCAUUUAGUUACAUUUUCCCACAGCUGACUCUCACACCGAAUCCUCUUCGGGUGUGAUUUUUAUUUGACUUUCCUCUUGGGAGGAGAAUGGGGACGAACCAUCUGGUAGGAUGUGGUAAGGUAGGCCAAGGAGAAAGGACUGCCAUUUCUAAAAGCAGCUUUGAGGAUUAAUGUUGGCCAAGGUUUCUUUAUUAUGGCAUAAAUGACACUGAAUGGUUUGGGUUAACUUAAAAACUAAAGCUUAAAAGAAAAUUAAAUGUAGCUUUUCCUAAGAUUCUGCUACGUGUUACUUUGUUUGACCUCAGAAAUGCUCCUUUUGCACCUUCAUUUAUGAUUUUUUUUUUUUUGCAAGGAAAAGGAGUUGAAAGUGAUGUGUGUUUAGGUCAUUGUAUGCCUCCAGUUUAGCAGAUUUCUGAAAUAAAACUUGGUUAUAACAUUUUAUAAUGGCCUAAGUGUGCUUAUCUGAACCUUACUUUUGGGGUGCAUAAAGUUUCCUUCCUGUUCAGUUUGACCACACCCUUGAUUUAUUUCAACUCCUGAUAUGUAAGAAAUGUGAGCCUAUGAAGAGUAAUACUAGAUUUUAAUUCUUCUAACGAAAUGAAUAUCUACCUUUCUUAGAAUAUGAUCUAUGAAGCUGGCUUUCUUGCACAACUCCCACCAUCUCAGCAUCUUCCAAUUCUCUUUUACACACUAUUUAGAAGUUCCGUGUAUCCAUAUGUCGAUUUAUGUCACAUUUAUGUUUUUUCCCUCUUAGUUGGUUGAUUUUUUUUUUCAUUUCCCGUUCCCUUUUGUCUCAUAAGAUAAUUCUUACAAGUCCUCAGAGUUUACCUCUCAUAUAUGAGUCAUUCUUUAAAGAUCCCACAAUGUGAUUUUGGAUUCUUUUUCCCCUUCCCUGCUUUUACUUUCUGGUGAAAGGAAACUUAUUUAUAGUUCUCAUCAGUGAACUAUACUGUUGGUAUUUUUGAAGUUCAGCUUUUCCAGGUUGCAUUGCAGGUAAGGUAAAUUACUGUACCAUGCAUUGCCUCAAGCAUCAGGAAGGAUUUCUUGCUUGUGAUGUGUCAUCAUGAAUCCUUUAUCAAUAAUUUUUCUUAGAAUCUCAUCUUUUCUGAUUAUAAAAAUACUCUAACCAGAGAAAGUAUAUUUAUUCAAAACACCUUUGUUUCAGUAUGAGUACUGUUGGAGUGUAUUUAUCAGUCAGAACUGUCUGUGAAAGUUAUGUGGUGUAAAUUUAGUAAAAGUGUGAGUGGUAGUUAUUUCUUGAUGUGCUUUUAUAUGUAAGAGUAAGAUUAUUCCUGUGCAUAAUUGACCACUUCUUUUCUUUCUUUCCGAUUCAGUUAACCAGUGUGUGUCUUGAAUUCUUACACUUUCAUGACUAUGCAUACAUAAAAAUAUAGCUCUGAUAUUUUAGAAUACUUUAUUUUAGUACCUGCAUGCAGUGAAUUUAUUUCUCACAUGAAUUUUUUGGGAAAGCUAUGAGGAUUUUAACUUUUUAUAAGACAUGAGAAAUUGAAAUUUCUUCUGCAUGUUAUAUAAGACUGAUGAAACGAGGUGACCAUAUCAGUUGGAGUCUAGUAUCUUUUUUAAGAUUUAUUUAUUUAUUAGAAUUACAGAGAGGAGAGAUACGGAGACAUCUUCCAUCUACAGUUUCACUACCCAAAUGGCCACAAUAGCCAGUGCUGGGCCGGCCGAAACCAGAAGCCUGAAACUCCUCAGAGUCUCCCAUGUGGGUACACAUGUGGGUACAAAGACUUGGGUCAUCUUCAGCUGCUUCCCCAGUUUCAUUAGCAGGAAGCAGCAUUGGAAGUGGAGCAGCCAGGACUUGAAUGGGUGCCUAGAUGAAAUACAGGCAUUGCAAAUGGCAGUUUAAGCCACUAUGCCACAGUGCCAGCCCAUGGUGUCUAUUAUUAAAUCUUACUUAUAAUUCCACCUUUUUUUCCCUUUUGGUAUUAUCUCUGUGAGGAUACAAGAUAAUUCCUUGCCCCAAAUGAAGUUAAGUUACCUUCAGAUCUUCCUUUAAAUAGAGGCAUAACAUUUUGUCUGAUUACUUUUUUUUUAAUAUUUUUAUUUAUUUAUUUGAGAGUUACAGACAGUGAGAGGGAGAGACAGAAAGGUCUUCUGUCUGCUGGUUCACUCCCCAGAUGGCCACAAUGGCUGGAGCUGUGCCGAUCCGAAGCCAGGAGCCAGGGGCUACCUCCAGUCUCCCACACAGGUGCAGGGGCCCAAGCACUUGAACUAUCUUCUACUGCUUUCCCAGGCCACAGCAGAGAGCUGGAUUGGAAGAGGAGUAGCCAGAAUUAGGACCAGUGCCCAUAUGGAAUGCCGGCGCUGUGGCACAGUAGGUUAAUCCUCUGCCCUUGUCUGGUUACUUUUAAUUGAUCCCGAUCAUCAUCUGCACAUCCCUUCCCCAUUCCUCAUUUAACAAGUGAAAUUGUUUUUGAAUGAAGAGUUUUUCUUUGAAAGUUUAAUCAGCAGUGUGUUUUGGUUGCCAUGGGUGCAAAACAGUGUGGACCUUAUUGUACAGACUUGAUUCUAAAAGCUGCUGUAAAAAUAUUUCCCAGUAGCAAGGAUUACCUAACAUGUGAAGCAGAGAUAUUUUCUGUUGAUGGGGAGUUUUUUGUUUUACUCAGAUAGAAAAUGAUGUUCAUUAAGUUGGUCUGUGUCAGUGUUUUUCCAGGGAGUACCUGAUUCCUGGUGUUUCUUCUUUUACUUAACUUCUUUCACCUGAAAUAGUAAAAGAAUACAUUUCUCCAUGAGAGAGGUAAAUUGAAACACAGCAUUUUAUUUUAAUCACCAUUUUAAAACUUGUAUCUAUAAUUAUAUCUAGAAAAUAAACUAUAUUUGGGUGGGUCUUUACUAAAGUGUAUAUGGCUGUCUCUGCUAACCUUUAUAUAUUAGAAAUGUUUUUAAAUGAGUUUGGUGGAAACUUAAUUUAAAAAAAAAAAAAACUCCUGAAAUAUAACAAGGUAAAAUGAGUUUAUUCUUUUUUAUACUCAAGUACACAUCUUUCCUUUAAAAGCUUCCACAGCAGCUACCUGUUCACAUUUCACAACCCUUCCUAAAGAGUUCUCUUUAUUUCCCUUGUAAGGUUAGUUAUAUCUGAAUCAGAGAAGUGCCAGGAACUUGACAUCAGUUCAUGGCAUGUGACAGGCAUUUAAUAGCACACAAGUGUGUAAUGGACAGUGUAAGGGAAGUCCAAAUUUGCUUAAUUUUCCAACCAACAUUAAUCAUCUAAGGUUUAAAAUAUCUUCUUGCUACAUAAUAAAACCAUGAUCUUUUGCAUGUCCCUUUUACUCUUAAACUGUCAAACCCUAUGCCAGAUUGAAAUAAAUUGUCUCCAAUCCCAGACAUACCUUUUACUAAGAAAAUAUGCAAGUCCUUUGUAGUUAAAGAUAUCUGUUAUUUGCAUUUUGCUCCUUGUUCUAACACUAUAUCAAACUAAAGUGGCAUAGGAAUGCUCUUAUAAGUUCCCUACUUCUGCAAAAAUUAAUCUCUGUGAUUUUUCCCUUUCUUGCAAAUGUUUGGAAAAGGUUUUAUAAUAACAAACUUACUUUAGAAACUGGUGUUAAUACAUGAUAUCCAGAAUUAAUCUAGUAUUAGUACUGGAGACUUAAAAUCCUAAUUUUGUCCCUUUUAGUUUUUUUUUUUUUUUUAAUGUUAUUUAUGUACUUGAGAGAGAAAAGCAUGAGCUCCCAUUCACUCGUUCAUUCCCCAGAUAUCCACAGCAAUAGUGGCUGGGUCAGGGCCAAAGCUGGGAACCAGGAUCAUUGUUGCCUUCCAUAGUCUGCCUUAAAAGGAAGCUGAAGUCAGGAGCUAGGACUAGGAACAAAAUCCAGGUACUCCGAUAUGGGAUGCAGGUGUCAACCACGAGUCUAAACUCCCAGUGUUGUUUUUUUUUGUUGAAAAGACAGAUUAAUUGUAUGUGACUAUGUUGCAGUUUUAGGAAAUGGGAAAAAAACUUAUUUUGGAAUUUUAAAUAUAUUUGGAAUAUUAAAAAUAAUUUUUAAUUUGUAAUUAUUGAAAGCAACUAGCAAAAAUUUGAUUGGAAAUUCCAAAAUUAGUGGAUCUGAAUGAAGUAUCUUUCUUAAACUCCAAAGAUGAUGUAGAAGAGUUUCUGAUGUAAAGAGUUUCUGAAACUUUUGACCUUAGAGUUGUUUUUUAGAUAGUCGUUUUUUAGAUCUUUUAUAAACUAUUUUGUAGUUUUUGUGAGGUUUACAUAUUUCUAUAGAAUUCUUACCAAGUGGUCUAAACUAUUAACAGAUAACCAUAUGGUCAAUUUUAAAUACUUUUUAAUUUCAAAAGCUCUUGCCACUCAGAAAUUUAAUAAUAAAACAAAAAAGGAGAAAUCACCAUAGUCCACCAGUCUAAGAGAAUGCAUAAUGUUUUUACAUCAUUGCAGUGUAACAUAUGCAUGCUUUUGUAGAGGCUAAAGUAUUCAAAUUUGAUCUGAUAUCAUUUUUGACUGAUGCCCCCAGAUUCAGUUAAUACAGACAUUCCCAUCUGUUUUUCAAGGGUCUUUAUAAAUUCCCUUAUUAUUAUUUACUUGACAUGUAGAGAGACAGAGACAGAGAUCUUCCAUCUACUGGCUCACUUCCCAAAUGUUUGCAACAUCGGGGGCUGGGCCAGAUUGAAGCCAGGAGCCUGGAACCCAAUCUGGGUCUCCCACAUGGUGGCAGAGACCAACUACUUGAGCCAUCACCUGCUGCCUACUGUGGUACACAUUAGCAAGCAGCUGGAAUUAGAAGCAGAGCUAGGACUCAAACCCAAGCAUUUUGAUAUGGGAUGUGGGUGUCCCAAGUAGCUGGUUAACCACUGCGCCUAAUGUUUUCCCCUCCCAAAGACUGAUACGGUUCCAUUCCGUAAUUGUGAGAGUAUUUGUCUGAAAUAGGGUUGUUUGUUUGUUUUUAAUUUAUUUGAAAGAAUUAUAGAGAAAGAGGGGGAGACAGAGAGCAAGCUUCCAUUCACUGGUUCACUCCCCAAAUGACUACAAUGGCCAGGGCUGGGCCAGACCGAAGCCAGGAGCCAGAAGCUUCUCUGGGUCUCCCCCAUGAAUGGAGGGACCCCAGCACUUGGGCUAUCUUCUACUGCUUUCCCAGGCAUAUUAGCAGGGAGCUGGAUUGGAAGUGGAGCAGCUGGGACUCUAAUGGGUACCCGUAUAGGAUGCUGGCACUGCCAGUGGAGGCUUAGCCUCCUACUCUGCAAUGCUGACCUCCAGGGUUUUUUAUAGGAUGUAGAAAAUGAAGUAACCUGAAGGACACAUGCCUAGAUCACUGUGGGAAAAUCUGGAUAUUUAGAUUGGGAUUUUGCUUUUUUUUUUUUUCCUUUGACAGACAGAGUUAGACAGUGAGAGAGAAAGAGAGAAAGGUCUUCCUUUUCCGUUGGUUCACCCCCCAAGUGGCCACUACGGCCAGUGUGUUGUGGCUGGCGCUGCGCCGAUCCGAAGCCAGGAGCCAGGUGCUUCCUCCUGGUCUCCCACGUGGGUGCAGGGCCCAAGGACCUGGGCCAUCCUCCACUGCACUCCUGAGCCACAGUAGAGAGCUGGACUGGAAGAGGAGCAACCGGGACAGAAUCCGGUGUCCCAACCGGGGCUAGAACCCAGGUUGCCGGCACCGCAAGUGGAGGAUUAGCCUAGUGAGCCACGGCGCCGGCUCUUUUUUUUUUUUUUUUAAGAUUUAUUUUUUUAUUUGGUGCAAUUAGAGAGAGAGAGGGAGAGACAGAGAGAUCUUCUGUCUACUGGUUCACCUCCCAAAUGGCUGGAAUGGCAGGGCCAGGCCCAGCCGAAGCCAGGAGCCUGGAACUCCAGCCAGGUCUCCCAAAAGGGUGGCAGGAACUGAAGUAGUUGGGCUAUCAUCUGCUGCUUUCUCAGGCCAUUAGCAGGGAGAUAGAUUGGAAGUGGAAAAGCCACUUAAGAAGUUAAACCAGCUCUUAUGUAUGGGAUGCCGGCUUCGUGGACAACCCGCUGCACCAUAACACUGGCCCCUUUACUUUGCUUUUAAAUUGGGGUCCCAUAGUGACUUUAGCAAUAUAUCUGUUAUUUUAUUUGUGAUUAUCCCCCUCCGCAAUGCAUUUAAUCACCUCCAUAAAAUAUACAUGAAAAAGCAGUCACAUUGUCUUAUAGUGAUUAGAUGAAUGGUUCAUGCUUAUCUAAUUCAGUAUGACUAUAAAAGAAUCCUCCCUCUCUCAACAUGUAAACAUUUCUGAAAAAUGUUAUUGUGCAUUGACAUCAAGGCAUUUUAAAAAUUUACUGAUUAUUUUUGAAAAAGCAAAGAAUCUAGUCACCUUACAGAAACGUGCAGGACCACACAUGUUCUCUACAUUAGAAACCUGUACUGCUAAUACAUUAAAUAUCUGCCUACCUUCAACUAAGAUUAUCCAAGGGACGCUGUACAUGUAUAGAAGUUUCAUUAUUUGCCUUUUCAUCAACCAUAGGUGCUCUGUAUUAGGUAAUUAUGCAUUUGUUUUUGCUCGGUUUCUUUUUGAGUCUUCAAUUCCCUGAAUUUUAUUAUUAUUUUUAUUUAUUAUUAUUCAAUUCCCAGAAUUUUAUUAGUGAAGCAUAGUGAUCCCAGUCAUUUAAAUUUAAAAUGUUUCACUAGUAAGCUAAAUUUAAUGAAUUAUCUCACAUAGAGAAUGUCAAUGUUAUUUUUAUUUAUUAAUUAAAAGCUUGUAAGAGCUGAUGAGCAAGAAUUGAAACUAUAAUUAGAAGUAGGUUCCUUUCAUUAUCUUAACCACUUAUUUUAGCUUUAUUAUUUAAUAUUUUUACACAGUUUUUGAAUAAGAGUACAUUUAAAAUAAUGGUUGUUUCAGAUAGCAUUGCUUCUGAAUAUAAAGAAUUUUGAGAUAAUUCUUAAGUAAAUUUAUAGUUUCCAUUGUAGACUUUUGAGAUUCAGAGAUAUACUUUAAUCCCUUUAUUUUCUUUUAAAAAUUUAUUUAUUUAUUUGAAAGAGUGGCAGAGUGAGAGAAAGAGAGAGAGAGAGAGAAUCUAUUAUCCACUGGUGCACUCUCCAAAUGGUUGCAAUAGAUGGUAGUCCCGGUUGCUUCUCUUCCAGUCCAGCUCUGCUGUGGCCCAGGAGUGCAGUGGAGGAUGGCCCAGGUCCUUGGGCCCUACACCGCAUGGGAGACCAGGAGGAAGCACCUGGCUCCUGGCUUCGGAUUGGCACAGUAUGCCGGCCGCAACACACCGGCCGUAGCGGCCACUUCGGGGGUGAACCAACGGAAAAAGGAAGACCUCUCUCUCUCUCUCUCUCUCACUCUCUCACUGUCCACUCUGCCUGUCAAAAAAAAAAAAAAAAAAAAAAAAAAAGAAAGAAAGAGAAAGAAAGGAAGGUCUUCCUUCCAUUGGUUCACCCCCCCAAAUGGCCUCCACAUCCGGCGCACUGCACUGAUCCGAAGCCAGGAGCCAGGUGCUUCCUCCUGGUCUCCUAUGUGGGUGCAGGGCCCAAGCACUUGGGCCAUCCUCCACUGCCUUCCCGGGCCGCAGCAGAGAGCUGGACUGGAAGAGGAGCAGCCGGGACAGAACUGGCGCCCCAACCGGGACUAGAACCUGGAGUGCUGGUGCCACAGGCAGAGGAUUAGCCUAGUGAGCCACGGCGCCGGGAAGGAACAUGAUAUUCCAUUAAGUGUAGUUUUUGGUUUUUUGAUUGUUUUUUACUGUAAGUAAAUUGUUUUACUUUUUGUCUUUUCAUCUGGUUGGUGAUACACAAUUCUGUUAAAGUCAUUCAGAGGGAGGCUGAGCCUUCUUAGAGUCUGACUUGGACUUGUAACUUUGAAUGCCUAAAGAAGUGGAUAGCCACCUGGCCCUUAAGCAUGCCUUCUAAAUGUCCUAUCUCAUCCAAGGUUUGGGUGAGAGCCUAGAGUACUAGAGUACUAAUGUUCUAUAUUGCUAAUUCAGGGCUGCUCCGUUUGCUUUAGGAACCAAACAGAUAGUAGUUUUGACGUUGUGUGGUAGAAACUGAGGCAAUUGCCUAGUGAUUUUAUCUGGAUGAAGGAAUAAUAUGCAUCUAGUGCCUGUGAACCUCCAGGUAGUAAGGCUCUUCCUCAAGUGACAAUAUUUGAUGCUCAAUUAAAUUCCUGCGAGUCCAUUGAAUUCCCAUAGUGCUGUUGUGUAGUACUUACUGCAUUUUUCUUUGUAUUAUUUUUUUUUUAAUUUUAUUUAUUUAUUUAUUUAUUUGAAAGUCAUAGUUACACACAGAGAGAGAGGCGAGGCAGAGAGAGGUCUUCCAUCCGAUGGUUUACUCCCCAAAUAGCCGCAAUGGCCAGAGCUGCGCCAAUCCGAAGCCAGGAGCCAGGAGCUUCUUCUGGGUCUCCCACGUGGGUGCAGGGGCCCAAGGACUUGGGCCAUCUUCCACUGCUUUCCCAGACCAUACCAGAGAGCUGGACUGGAAGUGGAGCAUCCGGGUCUCGAACUGGCACCCAUAUGGGAUGCCAGCGCUUCAGGCCAGGGUGUUAACCCGCUGGGCCACAAAGCCAGCCCCUCUUUGUAUUAUUUUUAUGUAUGGCCUCACUAGAUAAGUUUCUUCAAAAUAAUGAGGGCUUUUAAAUUUACUCUUCAUCCAUUUUGGUGUUUUACAUGUAGUAAAUUUACAAAGUAUUUUGAAUUAAAUUGAACUAAACCCAAACUGGAUCAAACUAAGGAAAAUCAUUUUUUCCUUUUUCUUAUGAGACAUAUGGUAAUCUAGACACUUCAUUAUAGCUGUGCAGAGUCCUCUUUGUUGGUAAGUGUACUCAGGAAUAUGUUAUAAUGUUCAGAGAAUCUAAAAAUCUGACUCAGAAUUAAAGACCAAUUACAUUUUCACACUAUUUUCUGACUUCUAAUUAAACAUUUUUUCAUACCGUAAUUAAUAUAAGUAUUUAAAAAUACUCCAGGCAAUUCUGCUUCAAUAUUCCCAAUGAUUUCAUUAAGCCUAUUUACCCUCUAACAGCCGCAAAUUAUUGUAAACAGCAGUUCCGUCCUUAUGCUGUACAAGCCCAUUAGAAAAUAAUUCUCUCAGUUUAAUAGCAUGAGUAGUUCUCUGUUACUUACCUAACCUAAAAAGUUAAGGAGAAAUAAGUCAAGUUUAUCAGAGUGAAGAAUCCUGAAACUUGCUUUUUAAAACUGAUUCUCUGUGGUCAUGUGCAUAAUGCUUUUUUUUUUUUUCCCUUCUUAGAUUUCUGUGCUUUAUUUGUUUAUUUAUUUUUAAAGAUUUAUUUAUUUAUUUGAGAGGCAGAGUUAGAGACAGGGAAAGGGAGAGAUAGGUCAAAAGAUCUUCCAUCCGCUGGUUCUUUCCCUAAACGGCUUCAAUGGCCAGAGCUGGGCUGAUCCAAAGCCAGGAGCCAGGAGCUUCCUCCGGGUCUCCCAUGUGGGUGCAGGGGCCCAAGCAAUUGGGCCAUCUUCCACUGCUUUCCCAGGCCAUGAACAGCUGGGUUGGAAGAAGAGGUGCCAGGACACCAACCGGUGCCCAUAUGAGAUGCCAGUGCCACAGGCAGAGGCUUUGUACUAUCACAGCGUCAGCUCCUAGAUUUCUGUAUUUAAAAAGUUAAAUCAUUUCUUAAAUACUUAAAAUGUCAUUUGUUAAAUAUGUAAAAAGAAAAGUCCCUUUGUAUUAUUAAGUCUUAUUUGGUAAUUAAGGCAAAAUAUCCUAGGUAGAAAUUAUUUUGUAAAUUGUAAGCAGUUUAUUUGGGUAGGUAUAGGGAAUAAUUCAACAGUCCAGUAUCAUAUUCCUCUGCUUUUUGGAUAUUGGUGAAAAAUUGUCUUUGCCACUUUUCUGGGCACCCAGCUAUUUGUGUUGUGGGACAAGUAUUAAUUAUUGAACCCAGUGUCUAUAUAAUUCUUAGCUUAGUCCAGUAACAGAAGUUACUUAACCAAAGAAACUUGGGAGGUGAUAUAGUUGCUCUCUGUGUGGAGUUGAUCUCCGUUCUCAUCUCUGAUCUUAUUUAUUUGGGUUUUUUCUCCCCUCCCCCCUUUGUUAGUCUGACUAAGGGUUUGUCUGUUUUGUUUAUUGUCUCAAAAAACCCAUUUUUUAAAUUGACUUUUGUAUUUCUUUUCCAUUUCCAUUUCAUUUAUUUAUACUUUGAUCCUUAUUAUUUCUCACCUCCUGUUAAUUUGGAGUUUGGUUUUUUCUUGUUCUUCUAAGUCCUCAAGAUGCAACAUUAGAUCAUUUAUUUGAGACUUUUCUAUUGUUUUUAAUGUAAGCAUUUGACACUAUACUUCCAUCUUAAUACUGCUUUUGCUGUAUCCUACAGGUUUUGAUAUGAUGUAUUUUCAUUUAACUCAAGGAAGCUUUUAAUUUCCUUUUUAAUCUCUUCAAUGACCCAUUGGUCAUUCAAUAGCAUUGUUUAAUUGCCAUGUAUUUGUAAAUGUUCUGCUCUACUUGUUGAUUUCCAUUUGUAUUCAUUUGUGAUCUAAGAAGAUGCGUGAUAUAAUUUUAGUCUUUUUAAAUUUACUGAGACUUGAUUUGUGAUUUGUGACGUAAUAUGUGGUCUAGCCUAGAAAAUGUUCUAUGUGUUGAUGAGAAUAAUGUGUAUUAUGUAGAUGUUGGGUGAAGUGUUCUGUAAAUGUCCGUUAGGUCUGUUUGUUCAACUCUGUUGUAUCUUUGUUGAUUUUCUGACUGGAUGGUCUGUCCAUUGAUGACAGAGGGGUGUUGAAGUCCCCCACUAUUAGUGUUUUUGAGUCUGUCUCUCCCUUUCAUUCUAAAAUGUUUGCUGUAUACAUCUGGGUAAUCUGGUGCAUAUGUAUUUGUGAUUGUUACAUUUUGUUGCUGAAUCAAUCUUCUUAUAUAUAAUGUCCUUCUUUGUCUCUUUUUUAGUUUUUGAUUUAAAGUCUAUUUGAUAUGAGUAUAGCUACUCCUAUUCAUUCUUGGUUUCCAUUUGCAUGUUAUAUCUUUUUCUAGCUAUCCUUUGUUUUCUGUUGUCUUUCUGCAGCUGAGGUCAGUGUGGCUUCUCACUAUUCAGCCAUAAUGGAUCCUCACAUCUUGCUUUCUUAUAAUUACCUCAUUAUUGUUCAUAUAUGAGAGUGAUUAAAAAUGGGCAGUGUAAGUCCAGCAUUGGGGCACAGCAGGUUAAGCCACUCUGUGCGACACUGGCAUCUCUCAGAGGCACUGAUCUGAGUCUUAGCUGCUCCACUUCUGAUUCAGCUCUCUGCUAAUGCACCUGUGAAAAGCAGUGAAAGAUGGCCGAAGUGCUUUGACCCCUGCUUCCCACAUGGGAGACCUGGAUGGAGUUUCAGACUUCUGGCUUUGGCCUGGACCAGCAUGCAUAGUUUUUUGAUAUUUUUGAUAUUUGAUAUUUAUUUUCCAUAAAUUUUUGGAACCUUUUGUACAAUUUUAAUUUUUUUCCCAGUAGCUGUAGCAUCCUAGUCUCAAGUGUUUUGAGUGAUACAUAUGUUUCCUGCUCAAACAAGACAGAACAGAAGUACAUAGAAAAAGAGUGGAAAUUUUAUGUUAUCACAAGUGUGGCUUCAUAGAUAAUUAUGUUUGCUAAGUUGUUCUUGAAUGUUAAUUUCUUUUUAGUUAGGGAUAGCCUAGAAACCUAUGCAAGUAGUGGGCAGAACCCAGUACCCUUAUGAUCAGUUGCCUUCAUGAGUGAUUUUUUUCUCUUCACUCCUGUGGUCUCAGUGUUGAUUUGGAGGUUGUUGAUGUCUUGGAAUAAAAUUAUUGUUGACAGAGCUGGAUCUAAAUUCCAACAAGGCAUUUUAAAAGAAAGAUUUAUUUACUUACUUAUUUGAAAGGCAGAGUUACAGAGAAGCAAAGGCAGAGAGAGAGAGAGAAGUCUUCCAUCUGCUGGUUUACUCCCCAGAAGGCUGCAGCAGCCAGAGCUGGACCAAUCUGAAGCCAGGAGGCAAGAGCUUCUUCCAGGUCUCCCAUGCAGGUGCAGGGGCCCAAGGACUUGGGCCAUCUUCCACUGUUUUCCCAGGCCAUAGCAGAGAGCUGGAUUGGAAGUGGAGCAGACAGGUCUCCAACUGGUGCCCAUAUAGGAUGCCAGCACUGCUUGCUUUGGCAAUGGCCACAACACCAGCCCUCCUCCCCACCCCCGGCUUUUUUAUUUUGAAAUGAGGACAGGUGGUACAUGAUCUCUGAGAUGUCUUCAUAGUCUACAAUUAUUUUUUUUAGAUUUAUUUAUUUAUUUGAAAGGCAAAUUUAGAGGCAGAGGCAGAGAGAGAGAGAGACAGACAGACAGACAGAGGUCUUCUAUCUACUGGUUCACUCUCCAGAUGGCUACAACGGCUGGAGGUGGGCCUGUCUGAAGCCAGGAGCCUGGACUUCUUCCGGGUCUCCCAUGUGGGUGCAGGGGCCCAAGGACUUGGGCUGUCUUCUACUGCUUUCCCAGGCCAUAGCAGAGAGCUGGAUAGGAAGUGGAGCAGCCAGAAUUCAAACCGGCACCCAUAUAGGAUGCAGUCACUGCAGGCAGCAGCUUUAUCCACUAAGCCACAGCACUAGCCCCCAUAUUCUAUAAUUAUUGCUUUUGCCUAAUAUAAUUUCUGUCAUUUUUUGGUUGACUUUUUGAAUAUGAUAUGACCUUUAAGAAAAUUCCCUACAUGACAUUGAGACCCAAGAUUUUGGGUGAGGAAAGAGAUGAUCAUAAAGCCUUCAAAAAUGAAAAAUGCAUGUAAAGUGAAAGGCUACUUCCAGCACAGAAAAAUAAAAUAGAGGAAAAGGUCAUUCCAUUUAGGGAACUUCACUUCACAGUUGAACAUACAUGAAAGAAUGUGGUAUGAAAGAAAGGAAAUAAUUCAAGUUUAUUAGAAUUCAGCAAGUAUUAUAGAGGGUAAGGUUGGAGAAGUUGGGAUUAGAUUUCUCAAUUCAUUGAGUAUUACUUUAGCUAAAUAUAUGUUCUAUAUUUAUAUGAUUUUUUAAUAUCACAGGUGUAGCAAGAAUUGAGAAAUAGAAAAUUAUUUUAAAUAAUUUUAAAAGGCAACAGUUUGGUAUUUUUGCUUAAUAAUCAUGAGUAUAUUGAAACAAAGAGUAUUAGGAUUAAUCAACUAUGUUCCCUUCCCUUUAUAGUACCAGUUUUUUUCCUACUUGAUAGACUUUUGUUCUCUUUUUAAAUUUAUCACCCAUAUUUGUAAUCUGCCUGUUUCUCCAUUCAGUCAUUUUACAUUGUAGUCUAUUUCUGAUAGACAAGAACAAACUGCUCUCUACUCUCAAAGUCAACAGGGCACUUCACCUCUGGGCCAGCACCUGCUGCCAGCCAUGGGUGUACAUUAGCAGGGAGCUGGAAUCAGGAGUGCAAUUGAGGCUUGGGGGUUACUUUGAUAUGGGAUGAGGGCAUCUGAAACAGCAUCUUUGUUUUUUGAGUUCUUUGCUGAUACGUGAUUUUCUCAUAAUCUUCCAAUAAAUCAGUUAUUCUUAAAUCUCACACUGAAGAAUAAACUCCAGCUUAGAUUCCUCUGACAUUGUUUUGAGAGUUUCCAUAGGUUGUGUAGUAUGUUAAAAGGAUGGCUUCUCUUCUUUCGGGACAUCUCUUUGACAGCUGGAUUGUGAUAAGGAGAGUACAUCAUUUCCAAUUACCAGAGUUCCAUCAGUUGCUCUUCUAUUACUAUUUCUGAUGAGGAAUGUAUCUCUCAAUGUGGUACUCUAAAGUUUUUCCUUUUAUCCUAUCAGAUGCAUAUAUGUUUUAGUUUGUUUUGUUUUUGCCAUCUUUUCAACUAAGCAAGUUUAUAAGAAGUGAAAUUUUCUAGACAUAAUAAUUUAGGCCUCCUGAAAUGACUCUACUUCAUGUUUUUAUUGAAUUAAGACCUCCUUUCCCUACAAGGAAAAAGAGUCACUUUUCAUAUGUUCAUUUUAAAAAGUUUAAAUGAGCUUCUCUUAUUUGCUCAAUAUAUUCUAGGGAUAUGGAUACAAAAAUUCUUUUAAUUUCUUAUCUCUUGGAAAUCCUUUUAGAGCAGCCCUAACCUUUGAUUCCUAAUAUGUCAUCUUACUGUGAAUACAAAUUGUAAUACAAGAGACAUUAACAAGUCCAUGGAAGAUAGAAUUAGAAGAUAAAAAUAAGAAAUAAAAACUUUAUUUCUCAAUAUCAGCUCUAUCAUGUUCAAUGUACUUUUUUUUAUUUUUAUUUAUUUUUUUUUUUAUUUUUUGACAGGCAGAGUGGACAGUGAGAGAGAGAGACAGAGAGAGAAAGGUCUUCCUUUGCCGUUGGUUCACUCUCCAAUGGCCGCCGCUGCAGCCGGCGCACCGCGCUGAUCCUAUGGCAGGAGCCAGGAGCCAGGUGCUUUUCCUGGUCUCCCAUGGGGUGCAGGGCCCAAGCACCUGGGCCAUCCUCCACUGCACUCCCUGGCCAUAGCAGAGAGCUGGCUUGGAAGAGGGGCAACCGGGACAGAAUCCAGCGCCCCGACCGGGACUAGAACCCGGUGUGCCGGCGCCACAAGGUGGAGGAUUAGCCUAUUGAGCCACGGCGCCGGCCUAUGUUCAAUGUACUUUUGUAAGUGAUGACAGCUUUUUAAUCCUUUCUUACAGAAUGGCAAGUUCUGGAAAUGUAACCAUGUAAAUAUAAUAUUUUUUAGAUUAUUAACUAAAGAAAAAUGAAUGCCCUUUAAAGAUUUUUUUAAGGCUAGGGAACAAGAAGUAAGAAGGAGCUAAAUCAGGACUGUAAGGUGAAUGCCUAGUGGUUUCCUAUCAAAAUUCUUGCAAAAUUACCCUUGUUUGAUUAAUGAGACAAAUGACCAUGACCAUUGUUGUUGGGGAGAAAGACUCUGGUGAAGCUUUCCUAGAUACUUUUCUGCUAAAAGUUUGGCUAACUUUCUUAAGAUUUUCUCAGAAUAAACAGAUCUUACUGUUCUUUGCCACUCCAGAAAGUCAACAAGAAAAUUCCUUGAGCAUCUCAAAAAAACUGUUGCCGUGAACUUUGCUCUUGCCUAGCCAACUUUUGCUUUGACUGGACCAGUUCCACGUCUUGGAAACCAUUGCUCUGAUUGUACUUCAUCUUCAGGAUCAUACCUAUAAAGCUGUGUUUUGUCUCUUCAGGAUCUUAAUUACACUUGUUUAAAAUUGCCAUUAGAAGCUCAGCUCUUAUCUGCAGCUGAUCUGAGUACAAUUGUUUGGGUACCCAUCAAGCAGAAAGUUUUCUCUAAUUUUUCAAUCAGAAUUGUGUAAGCUGAACCAGUUAAGAGGUCUGUGGUAUUGACUGUUUUUUUCUGGUUUUAAACAUCAGUCUUCUUCAUUUAACAGGGGUGGGAACCUUUUUUCUGUCAAAGGGCAUUUGGAUAUUUAUAACAUCAUUCACAGGCCAUACAAAAUUAUCAACUUAAACAUUAGUCUGUUAUAGAUUUAUUGAAUUUUGAGUCCUGCCUGUGGUUGCAGUGGCAGAGCCAGACCAAAUAAUUUUGCAGGCCUUAUUCGGGUUGUAGGUUAUAUGAACAAGAUGAAUUUUUUCCUUCUAAAUUCAUGUCAUUGGUUUGCCACUGUGACCUUAAUUUUCAACAUCAUCUUGCCUGUUUUUCACAAGAGUUAUCCAUUAGAAAGCCGAUUUCUUUGGGGCAUUGUCCCCCAUACACUCUCCAUACAUCAUCAGUGAUUUCACCCAAGCUUCAUCACUUUGAUAACUGUUCUUGCUUCAGUUGUAGCAGAAUUGAGCUGUGAUACAGGUUCUUUUCCAGUUCAUGACUUACCCUUCUUAGUAUCUCAAACUGGAUCCCGUGCAGACAUGUUAAUGGCAAGGUUGCAUAUUAUUUGGCUCACAAAAAUUUUGAAAUCCAUGCAUACUUUUUUAAUAAUACACAUAUUCCAUCAGCUUAUGAAAAAUUCCUCAAAUUAUUUGUUUUACUGGAAUUUGUGACUUCUUAGGAAAGGAGUCCCUUCAAUUGUGGAUAAGAGUAUAAAAGUUAAAAAAAAUAAUUUUUCUAAGAUUCUAAGUGAAAAAUAACCAUGAUAGAGUAGCCACAUACUGGCCAGAGCAGUUAUAUUAACCAUUUCUAUUAAUGGUUAAUUAAUGGUUUCUAACAUGCCUGGGAUGUUAGAAAACAACAAGCUGAAAUGAAAUGGCCUCUAAUCGGGAGAACUGACUAUUCUUUAUAACCACACCAGUACAUUAUGACAAUAAGUGAAUUUUUCUGCUUGAAAGUAAAGUCGCUUUCGUAGUAUGAAAGUCAUUUGUCUGUAAGAUGUGAAACAAUUUUGAGAUGUUUUUUCACUUAUAAGAGCUAUUCCUGUUAAAAUAUUAAGUACCUUUAAAUCUGAUGAUGCUAGGAAUUGAAAGAGUGAUUGAAUAAAUAACAUGUUUAAUGAAAAAUAAUUAUAUCCUCCAAAGCACAGAAAAAAAUUUUAGUGAGAAAAGUGACCAGUCCUCCCACAUAGGUUGCAGGGGCCCAACCUCCCAGACUGAUUAGCAGGAAGCUGGAAACGAAGUGGAGUAGCUGGGACUUGAACCAACACUCUGUUAUAGGAUGCCAGCAUUGCAAUGGGUGACUUAAUCUGCUGUGCUACAACAUUGGUCUCUGUUUUUAUUAUAUAAGAUACCUACUAUAUGACAGUAGAUCUUGAAGGCUCAGCAAUGAGCAAAGCAGUUAAAAAAUACUGCUAUUCCAGAGGUUAUUUAUAAAGGAUAACAUAAUAAGCAUAGGGAGAAAAUUAAAGCAGAGAAAGGAAGAGAAGUGGGUGUGUUUGGUGGGGCUGUCAGUGUGUGCAGUUUAAGUAGGUGGGACACGCAAGGCCUCACUGAGACACAUUUGAGUAAAGACUUGCAGGAGGUGAAGGCACAUGCCAUACAUGAAUUUGAGGAAAGAAUAUUCCAGGGGGAACAGCAAGCACAGGAGCCCUGCAGAACUUGCUUAGGAGAGGUAAAGAACAGAUUAGAUGAUGUCAGAGGUAAGCAAAUGGGUCAUAUGGGUCAUAUCAUAUACGGCCUUGGUGUCCUUUGAAGUGACUUUAAAUUUACUUUGAGAAUGGAAGACAUUGAAGCAUUUGGAUUUACAUUCUAACAGGAUCACUCUGGUGACUGUAAUGAGAAUAGACUGCAGGAGGAAAGAAUGGAAAGAGCAGACCAUGUAGGAGAGUAUUAUAAUUAUAAAGGGAGUAGAUAACGAUGACUUGGACUGGUGGUUAGAUUCCUAAUAUAUAUGAGUAUUUGGAAAGGAGAAUCAGGAGAUUUUGCUGAAGAAUUGAAUGUGGAUUAUGAGACCAGUACUACAAAGUAUUUGGCCUUAGCACCUGAGGAAAAUGACAUUGCCACAGAGAGGGGAAAUACCAUGGGAAGAGCACAACCAAGGGGGCGAAUCAGGAGCAUAAUUUUAGGGACCUUAACUUUGAGGUGUCCAAACGUGUGUUUGAUUUGGCAGUUAGAUGUAGGAGUCAUGUUCAAGAGAGUGAGUUGGAUUAGAAAUAUAAAUUUCAGUGUCAUCAGCAUGUAUAAAACAUUGAAAACUGAGACUAAGAGACUAUUUCAGAAUGAAAAAGAUACACAAGAAUUGCUAAUGUAGCCCUAAUCUUGGAAUAAGGGAUAUAUUUAAUGUUGAAGUUUAAAAAAAAAAUACAAGAGUCCAGGAUCACUGAUGGUCUAUUUGGAUAAUUAAAUAAAAUUGAUGAAGUUUAAGGAAAUCUGGGGAGGAGGUAAAUUGGAGUUUAAGGAUCUAGGUAAUAUACUAGUAGAGUUGUAAAUAUGAGACUUGAGUUGAGGUUUGAGAGGUUUUAACCAUACAUUUAAGUCAUGGGACUAGGUGAGAAUGCCAAGAGAGAAUAGAGUUUUAAAAAAUAUUGACCCCUUAGAAACACUAGUAUUUAAUGUGGAAUGUGGGAUGUGGGUGGCUGAGAUGGCAGGGGAAAAAAAAAAAGGUAAUGAGAAAUAGGAGUCUGGGGAGAGAAAGUUGCAAGUGUGAAAUGCUGCAGAGAGAAAGUAGGAUGAAGGCUGGAAGAAAGCAAGUGGGUUUGACAAUUAGAAUAUAAUAUUUAUGAAGACAGUUUCAGAUUGGUGGUGACAGAGCCAACUUUUAUUAUUUUGGGGAUCAAAUGGAAUAUAAAAGGGUUGUUGAUUUGUGGCUCAAUCUGUUAUAUUUUACUUACCUAAAAUGAUUAAGCUAAUUGAAAUUAAUGUUUUUAGAAGUUCCCUAGUCAGACCUUUACCAGCAAUAUCAAGUAUGUGAGAAAUGAAAUUCCAUUUUUGUGUCAGCUAUAACUCUUGAAUGUAAACAGAAGAAACCUACCACAACUUUAGUUAAAGCAGAAAAUUAACCUCUUACGUUAAGCAGAAAAGGAUUUUAUUGGAAGGCUAUUUGUUGUUUACUUCUGUAAACAUUUAUUUAUUAAUUUGAAAGAGUUACAGAGAGAGAGGAAGAGAGAUCUUCCCAUCUUCAUUCCCCAGAUGACUGCAACAGCUAGGGUUGGGCCAGCCUGAAGCCAGGAGCCAGGAUCUUCUUCCAGCUCUCCCAUGUGAGUGGCAGGGACCUAAAUAUUUGGGCCAUUUUCUGCUGCUUUUCCCAGGCCAUUAACAGGGAGCUGGAUUAGAAAUGGAGCAGCUGGGGCACGAACCAGUGCCCAUAUGGGAUGCGGGUGUUGCAGGUGGAAGCUUUAGCUGCUAAGCCACAUCCUGGCCCCAAAUCUUUGUUCUGGCUUCAUAGAAGGCUGGAGAAUUAGGCUCACAACACUGACAGGAACCAAAGGAAUCUACACAACAAAGAAGAGCCUCUGUCUUGUACAGAACAUUGAGUCAGGACAACAUACCACUGGACACCCACACAACUGCUAGCACGGCUACCAGUGGCUGCUCCUCCAUCACUGCUAAAAAUGACCUAGCUCUCUCUGAGUCUUUAUUUGUUCAUUUCCAAGUGAGCAAAUAUGAUUGGGCAAAUUUAGGUUAUGUGCCCUACUUGCCAGAAAGGAGAGAAAUUAUGUACCUACCCCUUUAGGUUACUGUGGUUGGAGAUAGUUCCCUUCUCUGUCCCCAAAUCUUCUCUGGGCCUUUGUGACCCGCAGUAGGAUUCAUGAUAGCAUCUGGUCAAAACACAAGAAGCAAAUGGAGACAGCACUACUGAAGUCAGGAGUUAAGGGCACAUUUCUAGGAAUGAGAUCGGUUCUCAGCUGGACCUGGAUGGAUGUUAGGAGUAGCCAUGAACAUUUGAAGAAGAAAAAAAAUACCACAGGUAGGAGGACAGACUGGGCUGUGGCUUGGGGGAAGGAAGUAAUGCAGGCCACAGCAGACUUAACUAAGUCACUAGAUCAGGUCAGAGACUGGGAAGUCGGGGCCAGUGUUGUGGUGUAGUGGGUUAAGCCGCCCUCUGCAGUGCCCGCAUCCCAUAUGGGCGCUGGUUCAAGUCCCAGCUACUCCACUUCCAUUCCAGCUCCACGCUAAUGUGCCUGGGAAAGCAGUGGAGGAUGGCUCAAAUCCUUAGGCCCUGUACCCACGUGGGAGUCCUUGGAAGAAGCUCCUGGCUCCUGGCUUCCAUCUGUCCCAGCCCUGGCUGUUGUGGCCAUUUGGGGAGUGAACUAGCAGAUGGAAGAUCAGUCAGUCUCUCUCUCCCUACCCCUCUCCCUCCCUCCCCUUCUCUCUCCAUCUCUGUCUCUCUGUCUCUCUGUUACUCUGCUUUUCAUAAAUAAAAUAAAUCUUUAAAGAAAAAAGGGACUUGGAGUUCUAGAUUGGGUGACAGGACAUUGGAGGGGAGGGUGUGGGGAGCAACUUGGACUAGACUAAGUUACUGGAAUUAAGACUUAUUCUAUGCAUCUGCUCUCCCACAAUAUGGCACUGAGAAGGGAGAAACAGCUUCUACACAGCUGCCUCCAGUUCAACCAAUAAACAGCAGGACCUGCUCCUGAUUGGAGGAGGGCAGCGUGCUCGGCGUGUGGGUAGCAGAGUUGGGCUUGGUGGAAGAGGACUAUAAAGGAGGAGAGAGACAACAUGCACCAGGAACAUCUAUCUGAAGGAACACCUGAGCAGCCCCCGAGAGAGCCGGCCGGCGGUGUGCCGCUCCCCCGCGGAAGUGGGGAAAGUGGCUAGGGGGAACCGCCCUUCCACGGAGGUGGAAGGGUCGGUAGCCAACCCGGGAAGAACCAGCAGCAAACCCGGGGAAGGCGGAGCAGACAAAAGAACAGCGCAGGGUCCUGUGUCGUUCCUCCACGAAGACGGGGAGAGACAGGAGGGCAGAAGAAGGGGUAUGUUGUGCAGACAAUGGCUGCCCAGAUUCUUCAAAUAACUAGGCCUGUGGAAACGUUUGGGGGGUGGGUCCUACAAUUUAAUUUUAUUUUUAAAGAUGCAUCCUUGCCAAAGGACUGUCAUGAAGUCUCAACAGAGGAAAAGACCCCUUAUCUGUGUAAUUAAAAUAAAAAGGGCUUUUUGCCUGCUUUUUGUAAGACUGAUUUUGUCAUGGUAACAUAUCCAAAACAAAUACAAAUCCAGUGCCUCAAAAAACUUGAUAAGUACUGUAGGCCUUUAAUGAAUUCUCUUGACGAUACUCCAAAGGGAAUAUUAGAUCAAGCCACAGGCAGCAAGUAAGACUUUUGCUUCCCUCAACCCUCCUCCAGCCCCACGCUGCCACACACUGCAGAGACGGACUCCCAAGGCUUAGGCUGGCCCUCUUCGCCCAUCCCUUUCCCUUUCUUUCAAUUUCCGCACCUUUUUCCUCUGGUAUGGUGUACCUUUUAAAUGGGAGGGCAGGUAUGGUGGGAAGACUUACUAUGUUCCUAAUGCUGUAUUUAUGAGAUACAUACAAAUAAAAAAAAACACAAAAAGGCAGUUUAGUUUCUUCUCACUCUCCCCUCCACCAGUUACCUUGCCUCUAGCACACACCACAGGCCUUCGGCCCUUUAGAAAAUAACCUCCCUGGCAUAGAUAGGGAUAGAGGAGAGACUGAAUAUCUGUGCUUUGGUGAUUUCUUCCCCAGUAUUUCAGAUGCAAAGAGGUAGAAUAUGGGAUUUCUUCUUUCUUGGCUGAAUUCUUGGGGAGUACCUGUGACAAUUGACACAAGUAUGUUUAAGAAGUCAUAGUGGAAGAUCAUGAUGAAAAAAGUAUAAAGUUUAGAGACCAAAUUAUAAAGGGCUUUCACUUAUUUUUCCCCUCUUUUUAGAAAUUUGUAUUUAUUUUCAUUUAAAAUGUAUUUAUUUAUAUAAAGAGAACAGAUUUCAUAUAUUUCAUUAUACAAUUUUAAGAACAUAAUGAUACCACCCUCCCUCCUUCCUUUCUUAUUAUUAUUUUAAUUUUUGAUGUGGCAUACUUUCAGUUUACUUUAUACUCACAAACUUAAUCCUCCACUAACUAAAGAAUGCAACAAGUGGUACGUGGAAAGAGCACUGUUCCUCAGGAAUACAGACAAGGGCUAUGAACAAUAAUCAAGGAUCAGUCUUGAGUACCUGUCUCCCUCUGAUUUCUUGGUAGUGGAACAGUGAGUCUCCACUCUGGGGUUGAGGGGAAUAAACCUAGAUGAAUCUGUCUUUCCUGCAUCAGUGCCCACGUUAAUGCUACUGAUUGCAUUUCCUCAAGGCCUUCCCUGACCUCAAACUUCUUAGUCUUUUUUUAAAGAAAUUAUUAAACACUUAGAGGGUUUUCUACAUGCCAAUCAAUGUUCUAAGCAUUUUCAAAAGUAACUUGUUUAAUCUUUAUAAACAAUCUGUGCAGUAGGUACUGCUGCUGUCCUUGUUUUACUGAUGAGUGAAUGAGGGCACGGAGAGGUUAAGGGACUUGGUCUCGGCCCUACGGCUAGAAAGAGGGUGGUGGAGGCAGAAUUCAAGCCCAGGCAGUCUAACUCCAGAGUCCAUACUCCAGUUUCUGUCUAUGCCAUGCUGGCCUGUAUGUGGGAAUGUGAGUCCUGGAACUAUCUGCAUCAGAACCACCAAGGACAUAUUUUUAAUUUUUUAAAAAGAUUUAUUUUAUUUAUUUGAAAGACAGAGCUACAGAGAGAGGUAGAGAGAGAGAGAGACAGAGAGGUCUUCCAUCUGCUGGUUCACUCCCUAAAUGGCCGCAGCAGCCAGGAGUGGGCCAGGGGGAAACCAGGAGCCUCCUCCAGGUCUCCCACAUGGGUGCAGGGGCCCAAGACUUGGGCUGCUUUCUACUGCUUUCCCAGGCUGUAGCAGAGAGCUGGAUCAGAAGCGGAGAAGCCAAGACUUGAACUGGUACCCAUAUGGGAUGCUGGUAGUGCAGGCCAGGGCUUGUGCCACAGCACCGGCCCCAGGGAUAUGUAUAGAUAUAUAUUUAAGAUUUAUUCAUUUAUUUGAAAGUCAGAGUUACACAGAGAGGUAAAGAGAGGCAGAGAAGAGGACUUCCAUCCACUGGUUCAUUCCCCAAAUGGCUGCAAUGGCUGGAGCUGCACUGAUCUGAAGCCAGGAGCCAGGAGCCUCCUCUGGGUCUCCCACACUGGUACAGGGGACCAAGGACUUGGGCCAUUUUCUACCGCUUUCCCAGGCCAUAGCAGAGAGCUGGAUCAGAAGUAGAGAAGCCAGGACUUGAACUGGCGCUCAUAUGGGAUGCUGGCACUGCUGGCGGUGGCUUUACCUGCUACGCCACAGCACCGGCCCUGGGAUAUAUUUCUAAAAUAUAUUUGGCCCACCUCAGAUUAACCAUAUCAGCAUUCCUCUCCCACCACCAGGAGAAUAGGGAAUCUGUUUAUUUAUAUUAUAAAAUCCUGCAGGUGAUUCUGAUAUGUAUCUUUUACUAAGAACAAUCUAGAAGAACCUUUUACUACUGGCCUGUAUUCACUUCUGAUCCCUUCUUCCUUUGACUCUCAGAUUAGUUUUUUUUUUUUUUUAAGAUUUAUUUAUUUAUUUAUUUAUUUGAAAAUCAGAGUUACAGAUAAAGAGAGAGAAACAGAUCUUCUGUCUGCUGGUUCACUUCCCAAACAGCUGCAACAGUGAGGGCUGGGCCAGGCCGAAGCCAGGAGCCAGGAGAUUCUUCCAGGUCUCCCAUGUGGGUUGGAAGUGGAGCAACUGGGAUUCGAACCGGUGCCCAUAUGGGAUGCCAGCUCUGCAGACAGCGACUUAACCUACUGUGCCACAGCGCCAGCCCCUAACAGAUUAUUUUCUGAAGGAUAAUAUAGGAUCAGUACAGAACUUAAUACUGUUAUACUUUAGUUUUCCUUUAAAGCCAUUACUACCUGAAAUUUAAAUGAAAUCAUUUCUAGAAGAAUACUUGACCAAAUAAUAAAAACAAAGUUUCCAUUUAUUUCCUUUAAUAUAUUAUAUCUCACUAAUGCGCUUUCUAUCUGAGAACUUGUGGUUCCAUUUUUGUUGAGAAUGAAGAAAACUAUCAAGUUCUGGAAAAUAUACCUUGUGUGAUAGGAAAAGAGAACUCGCUGGUCGAUUAUGGGGCAGAUCUAUGUAAUAUCACACCGCAGUCCUUCACUGGAAUUGAAAUCAGCAAUGAAAGUCAGUUUCCAAUGGGAACAAGUGUUCAGUUUGACUGUUUGGCUAACCCAAGAUCCUCAAGGGAAAAUGUGUCCGCUAAGGUAGUUAAGUCAGAUUACUGCAGGUUGUGCUUAACAUUUUAAGAGCAAUAAAAUUAAGGUGCAUUUUUUUCUUUCACUUUAUAGUUUGCCUUGUCAACAACAACCCUUCCGAACAUGUGCUUCAGGGGCAUUUUACAGUCCUCUCUAUUUUUUUGUAUGAAACUCAGAUUAAAGUUAUCUAGGAAAGAAAAGACUCGAUCUGUAGUGAAGGCUAAGGGAGUAUCCAGAUGCAGGGAGAGAGAGCUUUUGAAAUAUCAGUAAGUGGGACCCCUCUUAUCCCCCCUUCCAGAAAGUAGAGUAUCAGUGUGUGAGAGUUAACUGGAAUAUCUCCCUGUGUUUCCUUCCCCUUCCCCGUGCUACCUGCAUACGCACAUGACUUUCAUCUCAACCCAACAUUUCCCAUCUUUUUUCCAACAAAAAACAAAGCAGUUCCUUCAGAUGUCUAUUAUUUAAUGUUUUCCUCGAGAUGUUUAAGAUUCUUUUCUCAGGAAACCUAUUAACUCAACUUACUGUAGCCACAGACCCUUCUCCCUCUCUCCUUAGUAGCACAGAUACAAUUUAAUUUUCAGGACAUUCACUUCCUACUAAUCAUCCUGAGUAAAAUGAAUUUUCUAAAAUGAAACAUCCUUUUUUUUUUUUUUUUUUUUUGACAGGCAGAGUGGACAGUGAGAGAGAGACAGAGAGAAAGGUCUUCCUUUGCCGUUGGUUCACCCUCCAAUGGCCACCACAGCUGGCGCGCUGCGGCCGGCACACCGCCCUGAUCUGAAGCCAGGAGCCAGGUGCUUUUCCUGGUCUCCCAUGCAGGUGCAGGGCCCAAGGACCUGGGCCAUCCUCCACUGCACUCCCGGGCCUGAGCAGAGAGCUGGCCUGGAAGAGGGGGGCAACUGGGACAGAAUCCAGCGCCCCGACUGGGACUAGAACCCCGUGUGCCAGAGCCGCAGGCAGAGGAUUAGCCUAUUGAGCCACGGCACCAGCCAUGAAACAUCUUAUAAAUAGUAAAUGGUUAAAGCUCAUUAUGCAUUUACUUUGAUCUUCUUACUUAACAAGCAUUUUUUGAAUUAUCGUGCUGUGGGCACUCAGCAAACAAUGGCUAAUAAGAAGUUUCAGGGGUCCUAACUUAUUUUCCUAAAUCACACACUGUCCACAAUUUGAAACAUCCCUCUAUUAUAGCUGACAAAGUGUUGGUCUUUGAUUAACUCAAGUAAUUGAAUGGAGUAAUACGAAGUGCUGGGGCAAAGAUUUCCGGGUCCUGUUCCCGUCCCCAGAAUGUAACCAGUGAUGCUUUUGUCUGAGGCCCUUUUCUAGGGAAGACAAUCCUGACUUGGCUUAGAAACCUUUGCUCUGAAAUUCAACAAGAGAGUGAAACUACGAUUCUAUCCUUGGGAAAAUACUUACAAGAAGUCAUGCCAACCACAAAACUAAAAAUUAUAUUUUUUCUUUUUUGUUUUCAAAAGAAAAGCAAAUGUAACUAUUAGGUUCAGCCGGAUGAAAUUACUGGUGAAACAUAGACCCACAAAGACAAUUUUUUAAUGAUUCAACCUUGUAGUUUCUUUAUGUGACUAGAAGUGGAGGCCAAGGUCAGCUAGGCUGAAUAGAGGACUUCCCGUUGGGUUUGAUAUGAGAACCGUUUCGUAAGCAAAACAUGAGCUUGUACUUAAUAGGAUUUCAAACCAAGUUUCCUUUGGUGAUGCUGCCAGUAUUAUCGGGUUUGUAUUAAGUGCUAAAAGCAAACAUUGACUUACUUAACUUGGGCCAUCUAUUGUAUAUUAAUAGUGAUGAUUUAUUCUUCUUCUGGGUUAACAUGCACACUGAUGGGACAGAAGCAAGCUUAACCUUUCCUUUUAUUGGUCUGUAGUUUUAUUGCAUACAUUAGUGGCAUAAAUACUGCUUUUAUGUAACCUUUAGAUUAACUAUUUCUAUUUUUACUAUGAUGAGAAGCCCUAAAUAUAGACAUUUUAAUAGUCUUUUAAAUGAUUAUAGCCCACCUAAUUUUACUAUAUCUAAUUUUUUUGCAAUUUUUGUUUUCAGAAUGUAUCACUAAUGUGUGUCUACAUUGUAAAGAUUUAAAAGUUUCUAAUAGCCAUUGCUGUGGUGACUGACACAUAUAGGUUCUGAUCAACACUUACUAUAACUUCUGGAAGACAAUAUUAGUUCCAAAUGUUGUGAUUAUAGGAAAAUACUAAAAGGCCUACUUACUGCUUUGGCCCUCUUGCUUUUGAGAUUUGACAUGAUUUCCAGUGUGGCAGUAUUUUUUUUAUAGUUAUAUCUUUUUUCUUUUAAAGACUUAUUUGUUUAUUUGAAAGUCAGAGUUACACACAGAGAAGAGAGGCAGAGAGAGAGAGAGGUCUUCCAUCUGCUAGUUCACUCCCCAGGUAGCCACAACAGUCGGAGCUGCGCCCUUCUGAAGCCAGGAGCCAGGAGCUUCUUCUGGGUCUCCCACAUGGGUGCAGGGGCCAAAGGGCUUGGGCCACCUUCUACUGCUUUGCCAGGCCACAGCAGAGAGCUGGAUUGGAAGUAGAGCAGCCAGGACUUGAGCUGGCGCCCAUAUGGGAUGCUGGCACUGCAGGCGGCAGCUUUACCCGCUACACCACAGUGCCGGCCCCAGUUUGGCAGUUUGAAAGAUAGUUGUUAAGGCAAAUGAAGUAGUUAUGGUAGAAAACUAAAGCUCUUUCUCAUAUAGGAACAUAGAUUAAAGAAAAUUUAGGGGCUGGUGCUGUGGCGUAGAAGGUUAAGCCUCCCCCUGCAGUCCCAGCAUCCAAUAUGGCCACUGGUUCCAGUACUCACUGCUCCACUUCUUCUUUUUUUUUUUUAAAAAAAGAUUUAUUUUAUUUAUUUGAAAUACAGAGAUACAGAGAAAGGUAGAGACAGAGAGAGAAGUCUUCCAUCUGCUGGUUCACUCCCCAGUUGGCUGCAGCGACCCGAGCUGGGCCCAUCCAAAGCCAGGAGCCAGGAGCUUCUUUCAGGCCUCCUAUGUGGGUGCAGGGGCCCAACGACCUGGACCAUCUUCUACUGCUUUCGCAGGCUAUAGCAGAGAUGGGUGGGAAGAGGAGCAGCCGGGACUAGAACCGGUGCCCAUAUGGGAUGUUGGCGCUUCAGGCUAGGGCUUUAACCUGCCGGACCCUGCUCCACUUCUGAUCCAGCUCUCUGCUAAUGUGCCAGGGAAAAGCGCUGGAAAAUGGCCCAAGUGCCUAGGCACCUGCACCCACGUGGGAGACCUAGAAAAUGCUUCUGGCACCUGGCUUCAGCCUGGCCCAGCCCUGGCCAUUUGAGGAGUGAAUCAGUGGAUGGAAGAUAGCUCGCUCUAUGUGUCUGUGUGUGUGUGUGUGUAUGUGUGUGUGUAUAUGUAUGUAAUUCUCUCUCUGUAUCUCUGCCUUUCAAAUAAAUAUUAAAGAAAAGGAAAUUUUUAAAAAUUUAAUAUAAAACUAUCCUUGAAAUAUGAUAGAUACAUUUUAAUUUGGUCCAGUUGUAGUGGUUUUCUGAUUUGGAAAACCAACCCCAUCUCUGGAAUCCAGUGGAUAUGAGCCAAAUAGAAAAUGUUAAAAGGCCAUUGUUGUUACUGUUGGCUUGAUAUGCAACAUUUUUUGACUAAUAGAGGUCUGUGUCCAUCCAAGUGAAAAUUGUUCAGUGUCACAAGUGCUGCCUGUAGCAGACCAAGUUUCCUUCAUUGCUAGGAGACAUCAUUAGAUAGUCAAUGAAUUCAUUUCUAUCAAAGAUAAAGGACUUUAACCCUGAGCCAGAGUUUCCUUAAUACAGGAGAAGCUGUUUUUUCCAGUAAAAUAGGAACUUGUGGAUGGUCUGUUAAUUAGUAAGACUGAUUAAAGCAGGUAAUCUUUUCUUUUUUUAAGAUUUAUUUAUUUGAAAGGCAGAGUUAGAGAAAGAGAGAGAGAGAGAGCGAGCCAGCCAGCCCAGAUAGCUGCGGCAGCCACUGCUGGGCCAGGCCAAAACCCGGAGUCAGGAGCUUUUUCUGGGUCUGCCACAUGGGUGGCAGGGACCCAAACACUUGGGGCAUCUUCCUCUGCUUUUCCCAAUCCAUUAGUAGGGAGCUGGAUCAAAAAUGGAGUAGCAGGGAUUCAAACCAGUGCCCGUAUGGGAUGUUGGUAUGUCAGUUGGUGGCUUUUCCCAUAACACUGGUCCUACAGAGUAUAAUUUUUUAAAAGAUGCUUAUGUAUCUUUACCUCAUUUAAUUGCAUAAAUGUGCAGUUAUUUUCCAAUUUUUGAUAUAGAAUAUGUGCCUUUUCUUUGGGUCCAAAUCCACUAUGUAGAACUUCAUGUGAUUUUUUUUUCCCUACAAUUCAUCACCAUAAUUUCCAACGUCAGUUACUGUAACUUUAAAUUAGAAUAAGAAUUUAUUUAUUUUUUAGAAUAAGAAUUUAAAGAUACUUAUUAUGCAAUCUGAGUACAGACUAUUAUGAUUUCACCCCCAAUCUUUUAUGGUUGUUUUGCAAUGAAAAAAGUUUUUUAAACUAUUCACUUUUAUUCAGUCUUGCUCUCUUUCAGUCACACUGUAUUUUAUCAGUUAUGUAAUUUUUUUAUUCACAUUAACAAAUGCAAUUAGCAAAAAGUAGUUUUUUAAAGCCACAACUCAAUUAGUCAUGAAUAUUUAGUGUUCUAUGGGCACCAGUUUUCAGAUGGAAUGAGAAAUGUCAUUUAAUCUAGUAACUUAGUUUCUUUUCUCUAUGGAUAUGUAGAAUCUCUUUUAAUAACUCUAAGAUCUUACUUUUAUUGUGACAUGCCAUCACAAUUUUGCUGAGCAAAAUGUGGUCUUGGUUAUUCUUUUGAUAAGUCAAUCUACAAGGCUUUUGUUUUCUUGAAAAUGAAACAGACAGUAACUUUAGAUGUUUUGUUACACACUGAUCUUUUCUCUGUUUCUAACAGAAUGCUUGAAAAAGGGAAUUGGGAAAAAUAGAUGAAAAUAGCACAUUUUGUCAAGUACAAUGUUGCAUAACAUUGGAAAACUGAUGGUUUAUUCCCACAGUGAAAUGUUCUGGUGUCACCUUCCUCCCUGUUUAUCUAGCUUCUGGGAAUAAGAGUAUGGAAGCAUGGCGAUGAUAUUUGUUCACAUGAUUUCACCCUGAAGAUACCCUCUGGUAUAAAAGCUCCAUAAAUGUUUUUCAUGAGUCCACUUGGAAAUGUCUUAAAAUUAGCAACACAGUUUUGAAUGACAGAGCUGAAAUGUGUUUGUCAUUUAUCUCCAUAGCAACUUCCUUUUUCCACUUUUUAAAAAAAAAAGUUUCGGGGUCUGCACUGUGGCGUACCAGGUGAACUUGCCACCUGCAGUGCCAGCAUCCCAUAUGGGUGCUGGUUUACAUCUCGACUGCCCGACUUCCUAUCCAGCUCUCUGCUAAAGUGCUAGGAAAGCAGUGGAAGAAGGCCCAAGUCAUUGGGCCCCUGCACCCAUGUGGGAGACCCAGAAGAAGCUUCAGGCUCCUGGCUUCAGAUCGGCCCAGCUCUGGUCAUUGUAGCCAUUUGGGGAGUGACCCAACAGAUGGAAGAUCUCUCCCUCUCUCUUUCUGCCUCUACCGCUCUGUAAUGCUGCCUUUCAAAUAAAUAAGUAAAUCUUUUUUUUUUUUUUUGGACAGGCAGAGUGGACAGUGAGAGAGAGAGACAGAGACAAAGGUCUUCCUUUGCCGUUGGUUCACCCUCCAAUGGCUGCCGCGGCCGGCGCGCUGCGCUGAUCCGAUGGCAGGAGCCAAGUACUUAUCCUGGUCUCCCAUGGGGUGCAGGGCCCAAGCACUUGAGCCAUCCUCCACUGCACUCCCUGGCCACAGCAGAGAGCUGGCCUGGAAGAGGGGCAACCGGGACAGAAUCCGGCGCCCCGACCGGGACUAGAACCCAGUGUGCCGGCACCGCAAGGCGGAGGAUUAGCCUAGUGAGCUGCGGCGCCGGCUUAAGUAAAUCUUUUUUUAAAAACAAGUAGUUUGAUUUUUAUUGCAGUUGGAUUGUUCUAGCUGACUUAAUAGGAAAGGAAGAAUUUAAUUCAGAUUUGUCAAACUGUAUCUCUACUUUUCCAGCAUUCAGUUUCCUCCAUUAGUUAAUUAAUAAGCAUUUAAAUGAAAUUGUAGUGGUAGGAGGUGUAUCAAGAAGGCUAAAUAAUAAAUAUAGAUUUUUCUAUACUGUAAAAAAAAAAAAAACAUAGCUGGGGGCCACCACUGUGGCAUAGCAGCCGCAUCCAGUGCUGGCAUCCUGUAUGGGUGCCGGUUCAAGUCCUGGCUGCUCCACUUUGAUCCAGCUCUCUGCUAUGGCCUGGGAAAACAGUAGGAGAUGGUCCAAGGCCUUGGGCCCCUGCACCCGUGUGGGAGACCUGGAAGAAGCUCUUGACUCCUGGCUUCAGAUUGACGCAACUCUGGCCAUUGUGGCCAUCUAGAGAGUAAAUCAGUGGAUGGAAGAUCUCUCUCUCUCUCUCUCUCUGUCUCUCUCUCUGCCUUUGCCUCUCUGUAACUCUUUCCUUUAAAUAAAUACAUAAAUAUUUACAAAAAAAAAAAAAGCAUAGUUGUCCCUGAUUAAUUUUUACUUAGAUUCCUCUUGACCAAAUAAAUACUUUUACACUACUUCACAGAUUUAUAACUAGUAAUUAGGAUUAGCUUUAGGCUUUGAGUUACAGAAAAUUAAAUUAGUGGUCUUAAAAAUUUAAAUUUGUGAACUCCUUAAUCAUCAGGAUCCCUUCUUCUUUCUGUCUUUUGUUCCAAAAUUCUCAACUUGCAGCUUAAAUCUCAUGGGCCCAGAUGGCUACUCCAGUUUUGGCAAUCACAUCUGCUUUCUAGCUGUCUGGAUGGAGAAAAGGGAAGGAAGAGGGUGCCCUUCUACCAUUACCACCUUGAACAAGUUGCAUGCACUUCUUCUUCUUACAGCCCAUUGACCAGAGUAUGUGGCUUCACCUGGUCACACGGGAAUCUGGGGAAUACAGCCUUUAUUCUUGUGUCUUCGUGCCCAACUAAAUGUUGUAGAUUCUGUUUCUAUUCAAAUAUUAUGGAAGAAGGAAAGCAUUUACUGGAUGUGAAUGCUUUCUUUUUUUUUGCCAAAAUUUACAUUGCUUACCCCAACAAAAUGAAAACCUGGAUUUUUUUUAAGAUUUAUUAUUUAUUUAUUUGAAAGGCAGAGGCAGAGAGAGAGAGGGAGGGAGGGAGAGGUCUUCCAUCCACCAGCUACUCCCCAGAUGGCUGCAAUGGCCAGAGCUGUGCUGAUCUGAAGGCAGGAGCCAGGAGCUUCUUCCGGAUCUCCCAUGGGACCCAAGGACUUGGGCCAUCUUCUGCUGCUUUCUCAGGCCAUAGCAAAGAGCUGGAUUGGAAGUGGAGCAACUGGGACUCAAACCAGUCGGUGCCCAUAUUGGAUGCCAGCAGUGUAGGUGGAGGUUUUACCCGCUACACCACAGCACCAGUCCCAAUUUGUUUUUUUGUUAUUGUUGUUGUUGUUGGUUUUAAAGAAAAUGUCCUCUGUAGCACAGUUGACUUAUUGGCAGGACACUACACCUGGGUGGUCUUUUUUUUUAAGAUGAGUGGUAAGAAGUAAGUAAAUAUAUUUGUGGAUUAAGAAAAGCGUCUUUGUUUCUGGAUAUGUGACUAACAAGAUUAGUUAUCUGAAAAAGAUUAAGAUGAGCAUGGAUAAAAAUUGCUUCAAAAUCAUUGUUGUGAGUUUCAAGGCACAUUUAUUUUGAGAAAGUGAAGGCAAAUAUUAAAUGAAACAACUACAGUGAUCUAGUUACAUGUACAUAAUUAGUUUUUUUAGAAAAGAUUUUAUUUAUUUUAUUUGAAAGUUAGAGUUACAGAGAGGUGGAGGCAGAGAGAGAGAGAGAGAGAGGGAUAGGUCUUCUAUUUGCUGGUUCACUCCCCAAAUGGUUGCCAUGGCUGGAACUGUGUUGAUAUGAAGCCAGGAGCCAGGAGCUUCUUCCAGGUUUCCCAUGUGGGUGCAGGGGCCCAAGCACUUGGGUCAUCUUCCACUGCUUUCCCAGGCCAUAGGAGAGAGCUGGAUCGGAAGUGGAGCAGCUGGGACUUGAACCAGUGCCCAUAUGGGAUGCCGGCACUGCAGGUGGCAGCUUUACCCGCUACUGGCCCCCAGAAUUUGUUUUCAUGUUAAGGUAAACACUGUUAGGGUUUGUAGUGUUGGUUCCUUCCAGUUCUGGUCUUUGGGCUUCUUGGCAAACAAGCUCUUUAAAUUAGACGCUGUUCCCCAUUUAAAAAUCUUUAACUACAGACAAGACGCAUUAACUGUAAUAUUCUUUUUUCAUAAAUCAUAGCAUUUGGCCUUUUGUUACAAAAUUAACUCUUUUACUUAAAAUUUAAUGAAGAGAAAAAGUAGGAGACAGUAUGUUCAGAAAAUCAUGUUUAAAACAUUUGGUAUGUCAUUGAGAUCUUAACAGACAAUUCAGAAUUAAUUCUGAGCCUGACCUUAACCCGUGACAAAUGGAAUCUUUGUUUUUACAAUAGCCUUAAUUUGGGGCUUGCAAGUGUUUUGGUUUGUUUUCUCAUUCAAUUUAGAGACCCUGGAGCAGCAUUUUAAUUACAGGAAUUAAGCUAUUUAUAAUUUUUGUAGCAUGAAGAUCAACAAGUUAUGUUUUUUCUUGGUUAUAAUAUAUUAUUCUCAGAAAUCUGUGAUCCGUGUGUCUGACAAUGCAUGUGAAACAAAACACAAACUCCCGUGCCGCAGUGUUGGCACUGGAACAGGACUUCACUCAUCUUCCCAGUCCCCUCUUUUAAAAAUCAUGUUCUCAUGGAAAUGUUGCCUUGAAUUAUGCAAAGUACAAACAGUUACUGGAAUGUUUUCUACCCAGUUCUGUUCAUGUACAUCAGUUUCAAUUUGUUUUCCACAUUCUGGAUUUUUUCUUAGGUCUGUUAAAAUAGUCAAAUUUCAUAGUGACACUGACUUUGAACUAAAGUGCCAUGAACUUUUAUCAUUCCAGCUAUUUCAGAUCCUUCUUUUUGAUAAGUCUAUCCAUGUAGUAAGUUUGUUGAAUGAAUGAGGGAAUAAUGAACAUAGAAACAAGAAAAGAAAGUAGAAUGUGUUAUACUUAGGCUCAGUUUUAAGAAAUGGUAUCUUUUUUUUUUAUCUCUGACAAUUCUUAGAUUUUUCCUAGGAAGAAGAGGAGCUAUUGAAAACAGAUAAGGUUGAAAUCAUUAGUCAUUUUUAAUCAGCUUUAAAAUACCUACAUAUACACAGUUCAGGGCACUUGUAUGCCCCCUUGUCUGCAACCAAACUCUCUUUGGCUUGUUUUUACUUUUAGUAAUUGUGUGGCUAUUGUGUAGCUGGAAACCAGCAACUUCAGAUGAGUUACAUAUAGAUCAUUAAAAGUUGGCUGUAUCAUAUUCAGUACUGUAUAAUUUUUCUAAAUAUGCAUUUAUAAUUUUUAAACUCUAUGCUUUUUAAAGGCGAGAACUCUACAUUCUUUGAAAUGUUCAUUUUGAUUACAAAUAAAUGUCUAACGCUAUGACCACUUCAAAGAAGAGCUCAAGCAAGCAAGACCCUAGGCCCUGGCUUUGCUUCAGACAGAACCUCUUUAAUAUAUUGAUAAUCUGAGAUAGGAAUCUUGUUGGAGGGGAAAAAAUCUUCCUCCCCUUAAAAAAACAAAGUUUGAAAAUGACUCUUUAGUGGAUAGAUAGGUAACUACAGAAUCUUAUGAUAUUAUCUUAUGUAGCCUCUAUCAUUUUACAGGACUAGAAACUGAGGCCCAGAAAGGAUGUGUAGUCUUGUCCAGAUCAUACAGCUAUUUAGUGGAAGAACUAGAAUUAAAACCCUUGUCCUAGAUGCUUGACCAGUACUCUUAAAAAUUGUAGCAUAUAUGUUAUCAGAACCUAGGAGUAGUUCAAGAAGACUGCAUAGAAUCUGGUAAUGAUGGACACUAAGUUAAUGUGUAGUGCGUUAAUGAAUGAAUGAUCCUAAGGUAAUUUGUAGUUGAUUAACUCUUAAGUUUAAAUAAAACUUGUCAUUUUCCAUGAUUCCAGUGAAGUGUUGGCCUCUUGGAAACACUGAAUUUGGCCUGUUUUAGGACUAAGCUAGUUGUUACACAUAACAAAUU